UCGCUGCGUUCCGGCUCGCACCUACCUGUCCGAUGGGGCAAUGCAUUCUCCACUCGCGUCUGAACCCUCGCCGCCUUCUGACGUUGCAAUGUCUCCAAUUAUUCCAGAUAUAUUAAGCCGAAAUGAACUUCGCUCCGUUCACGGGCCACAUACCACCCGCCUCGGCGAUCCCAAAUAUCCACCAGUUCGCUGCAAAGUUCGGAUACGAGGGAGGGGCGAGUACUUCGGGCGGAGUGCUGCAGGAGACGCGCUUUCAAUCUUCGGGCUCUGGAGGUUCAGUGCAAUUUGCCGUGGCACCGAACACCAACACCGUAGCAGUGGACGGCGUCAAGUUCCGACAGGCAGAGAGCGUGGUUGUGGUCAGCAAUGCCCAGCCAGUCUCUGUCGCUUUAGCGGGAAUCGCGCCAAUACAUACUGUGAACGCCGGUGUCAAAUAUCAGACAAUAACAGCAUCGUCGUCUUCCGUAAAUCUGGGUAACGUCUCGUAUGGAGGCCAAACUAGUUACGUCCAAGCCGAGGUUCAACAGUUGAAGGAACAGCGUCUGGACAAACGCGAAUACCGCGAAGAGUUGCAUCACGAUUUAAUGGCCACCAUGAUGCAUCAGCAUCAAGGCGAAUACUACAUAACCCAACCGCUACAGCAAGGAACGCAGCAAUUGCUGGUCGUUCUCCACGAGCCCAAAGAAGCAGCGGCUUUGGCGCGCGCUAUCAAACAGGAAGGCCGAUCAGACCGCAAUACGACCGCAGUCCCAGCUGAAUAUAUCAGCAUUGGAGACGUAACCGAUGCAUCAACAUGGCAGACCCUCGGCAGCGGCGUGGCGGACUAUCUGUCAGCGCUACCGCUGCCCCUGCAUCAUUUGCUGAAAUAUUCAACUCCCGUGACAGAUAAUAAAAGGGAUGAUCAUCCUACUGUCGUCACAGCUGUGAAUCCUAGUACACUGAAUCCAACGCCUAUAACUUGUGUGUCUCCAUCCGCCGUGAACAGUGUCGUAGUGCAAACAGCGACCAUCGUGAAUCAAUCCCCUAAUAUAAACUCUGAUAUAAGUGUUCCUCUCGGAAGAAGGAAGAAGAAGAAAAAAAUACAGAAAGAGAAGAAGCCGCGCCCGAAACCCGGAGAGAUAAGACUCACUACCGCUUUAGAUGGGAGCACGUUAUACUGCUGCCCGGAGUGCCACAUGGCGUAUCCUGAACGUGGUCUGUUGGAGCAGCAUCUAGUGGGACACACUUUAGAGAGGAGGUUUAUUUGUGACAUUUGUAAUGCGGCAUUGAAACGGAAAGAUCAUUUAACGAGACAUAAACAAUCCCAUAACCCGGAGCGACCUCACGUCUGCUCCGUUUGUCUCAAAGCCUUCAAAAGAAAGGAACAGCUCACACUGCACUUUGUUAUACAUUCCGGAGAAAAGAGACACAUCUGUAACGAAUGUGGAAAAGGUUUCUACCGGAAGGAUCACCUUCGUAAGCACACGCGUUCGCACAUAGCGCGGCGCGUCAAGGCGGAGCUUUCCCAACAAACCGCGCCCGCCUCGUCCUGACCGCAAGAGGAGAAAAACGAUCUGGUCACACUGCUUCAGGCCGCUAAGGAUAUUUUCUAAUUUCAUUUUUUUUUUAUUGCUUAGAUGUGUGGACGAGCUCACAGCCCACUUGGUGUUAAGUGGUUACUGGAGUUCAUAGACAUCUACAACGUAAAUACGUCACCCACCUUGAGAUAUAAGUUCUAAGGUCUCAAGUAUAGUUACAACGGCUGCCCCACCCUUCAAACCGAAACUCAUUACUGCUUCACGGCAGAAAUAGGCAGGGUGGUGGUACCUACCCGUGCGGACUCACAAGAGGUCCUAUCACCAGUAAAUGGCUAGGUAUGAUUUAUUGUCGCUUAUCAGUCUAACAGAGUCACCAACACUCUGUGAUUAUUAAACUACCUAAAUGGAAUGUAGGUAAGAAUGCGUUAUAAAAUCUCACUCGUUCCAAAAAUACAAUUAUUAUACAGUAUAUAUGAUCAUACAGAUUUAAAGGACACAAUAACAGUAUUGUGAUUGGCAUAAAUAAUUUUGUCAAAAUUUUUACUAAAUAUGAAUGCGUAAUUAAAUUUUCUUAAGUGCUACUUCUGAUUUCAAACUUACCUAAUCUUUAAUGGAAUUUCUUUAUAAACUAGUUCAAAUAUUUUAAUUGGAAAUCUUGUGUUUGGUAUUCAUGCCAAUUAAAAAGUUAUCAAUAUUAAGACAUAUUAUACAUAAGUUAGGCGUCGAGUUAUUUGUUGACAUCCGCAACUUUUCAAUUUUUAAGAAAGAUAAAAUAGGUCAAGAUUUUUAUUAAUGAGAAAAACAACACAAUUAAUUAAUUAUGCCUUGCUUGGUUUUGUACUGUUUAACGAUUUUAUAGAAUUUACCUUGGUACAGACCAAAAUGGCCACCACACUAAAAACGACAGCGCCAAUCAAUGGGUUUGACCAAGGGGAAUGAUGUUUAAAACGCCUCAAGGAUGUAUCUCUCGAAGAGCAAUAUUUAUAUUAAAUAUCUUUUGGGGCACAUUUUAGAAUUUACUAUAAAAUAUACUAAUUAUAAUAAUAAAUUCCUAAUGUGAAAAAAUUCGUCUUAAGAUGAAAUGUUUUGUACUUAAGAUUAUUGGCAAAAUAAAUUAAGAAAUUACAUUCGAAAACAAACGUUAAUAUUGUGCUUAAAUUAAAAAGGAAAAAAAAACUGCCAAAUAAUACGUCAUCAUGAUGUUAUCGUUACUUUCUUUAUAUUUAAAUUAUGUAGUGAUAAAAUUAGGAGGUUUGUUUGUGUGUACUCCAGAUUAAUCCAGGGUUUUAAUAUUUUAUUUUUAUCUGUGAUUUUGUGAUAUUAUUUUAGUUAAUUUUACUUGCAACAUAUUAACAAAUCUAAGCUCUGAAAAACGUAUGUACCUACCUAUCUCGAAAACAUUUUUUUUUGUAAAACAAAAAAUAUAUUAUUGUCAUAAUUACGUAUUUAAUUUUCGUUAAUAAUAUGAAGAGCACAAACAGUUUUUUGAUAGUGAUUUAGGGUACCUAUAUAGUUAAUGUUUCUAAAUUGAAAGUAAUUUAAUUUUUCGCUGUGAUCUUAAUUUUAAUAUAUUAAUAUAUUGUUUAUAUGUUAUACAAGUCUCUAAAAGAGUUGUUUGAUUUGUUAUAAUUUAAUGAAUGUAUUUAACUAUUUUCUUCUUUAUAAAUAGUUUAGUAAACUUCAAACAAAAACUUAAUAGGUUUUUGUAACAUAGUAUCUUCUCUUUCCGACAAUAGAACGUCGGAAAUACAUUCCAAAUAAUAAAGUUUUUUAAAUUCCACAAACUUUUGUGUAUCUACGCAAUUUUUAUUUACUUUAUAAACGCAAAAUACUAUAGAACUAUGUACCUAACUACUAUAGAACAGAUACCUAUUUAGUUCGGGACAGGUUGACAGAUACAGCUGUCUGGACGAAAAUUUUGUGACCAUAUUUAAUUUUAUGAUCCACAUUGCGCCAUACCAGACUGGCCCACGCCAUCUUAGAAAGUAGCAAGCAAGUACCUACAUAAGAAAUGUUUUUGAAAGUUGAAUGAAUGCUAAUCGAGCGCAUUUUCAUUAUAUAGGUUCGAUUUUGAUUAGGUUCAGGUAGCUGUUUGUGGUUUUUUUAGGAAAGAGAAAACCUGAACUAACAAAAAAAAAACAAAGUUAAAUUACUUAGGUAUUUAACAAAACUACCUAAAAUAAUAAUGUUGGCAAUCAUCACACACUGGAUGCGACUUUGUUUGGAGCUAAAAUAUUAUAUUAAAUACAAAGAUAGUAUGUAAUCAUUUUUCUCCUAUUUUGUUGCAUACCUAAAAAUAUGGAUAUAUGUAGUGAACAUUGCAAUGUCUCGACUUGUCGCGAAUAUGUAAAUGGUGUUACAAUUUUUUUUUUUCGAAUAUGACUAGUAAAAAGAUUUUGUCAAAUAAAUAAAAGCAAAUGUAAAUGUAAUCGUAGAACUAAAAUGAAAGAAUGAAAUAAAAUAUGUAAGAUGAAAUUUAAAAAAGUAACAUAUUUUUAUAGUAGACAUUAAAAUAUAAAUAAGAACUUGAUAAAUUUAUUUUCAUGAUUUUGUAACUUAAUGUUUAUAUAUCUAAUAAAAAUAGAAAGAAGAAUCUGUAAUAGGAAAUUAUGUAAAUUUGGAAUAGUGUGUAUUGUGUACCAUUGUUUUUAUUGUAUAGUAGUAGUAAUAUUAUUACGGAAUUUAUGAAAACAUUUCAUGAACUAAUCGAAUUUCUCUUUAUCUUAGUUAUUUUGCAGUUCAACAGUUUUACUAAGUAAAAUGCAAUCUCACAGUUGACAAAAAAUUAAACGAAUUUCGACUUUUAUAAAAGAAAAGAAAAAACCUUUGGAUUUAGCGCCUUUUGUAAUGAUGGCGUCCUUCAAAUGUUGCCAACGUAAGCUAAAUCCACUACCGCUUUAUUCAGAAAAGGUUAAUUUUUAUUUAUUUAAAGUAGAUAUGUCUUUAUUUUCUUUGGAAUCAUUGUUAUACUAAAUACAAAAUUGUUUGUGUAAAAUACCACUUGUUUUUCUUAACUGUAUUUCGUUUUAGAACGUCUAUUUUUAUUAUAUAGUAAUUCUAUUCUAUUUAAUAAAGGGAUAUAUAAUCGCAGAAUUUUUCUUUAUGUAUGUAAUUUUACUGACUCCAUAGUUAAUCAUCUUAAAAAAAUUCACACCAUAUGCUCGUACAUUAUUAUCUUUUGUAUAAUCUCAUUGGUACUUCUACAAGGGGAACAUUCUACUUUGGGGAUUUGAUUGGUCCAUAGUACGUAUUGUAAGAAUGAAUAGCAUAUUUCAUAGUUAUGCAUAAUCUUACCCUGAAUGUUUGAAAUUAGAAUCCCUAUGCCUAAAAUUAGGAUGAAAUUAGUAUGUAAAGCUAAUUUAAUACUCGGGACACAUAAUGUAACUAACAAUUUUUACUACUUAGUAGGUAAUUAGACAUGAAUAUGAAUUCUAAUCAUACUGUAUAAAUUUCAUAUUAUUUUGUUUAACAACAAUACUAAGUCUUUUAGUACUUAUCAGCGGUUAGUACGUGGGUAAGUCUAAUAUGGAUAAGAAUACUAGCACUCUGUAGUUACUGUUGUUUGCAGCGUAAAAUCAAGCGAUCGAAAAAACCUAACAGUCCAAGAGAGCUGCACUUGCUUGAGUUUGAAACGAGACCUUACUGAAGUACCAACUAAUUUACUUUAAAUAAAAAUUAAAAAUUCUUCGUUGUUUUUAAGUAGCAUUUAAUUAUUGUUUAUGGUUCUCUCACACCCUGUAUAUCUGAAUGUUUACAGAAUAUAUAAUAUUAUACUAA